AUGAAGGAGCUCGGCCCUUCCUUCCAGCUCACCCUCGACCGAACGAGGCUCCCGUGGUACGGAUCCGAUGCAACGGCUGCGCAGGGCGCGGUGCAUUCUGCCUUGAAUGCCAGGGAGCCGGACAAAGAUCGGUGGAAGCAGGCCAUCAAGGUCCCCAAAGCCGCCAAGCCCAAGAAGGCCAUGCUCGAUCAGGUACACUUACAGGCUGCAAGGUGCCGGAAAGAGUUUCGUGGGCAGGGAAGGGGAGGCUUUCCUCUGGCUUGGAAGCACUGUCAUCACGCUCUGCAACGGGAGGUCAAGAAUGUGAAGACGACUGAAAUGGGCAAGAGGAUAGGCAAGUUCCACUUAGGCAAGCAAGACUUCAACCAGAUCCAUACCAUCCAUCAUGGCGCGUCAAAGAAGCGGAAGCUGACCCAAGCGCUGAAACAGGGAGCUUCGAAUGCGCCCAAAGGCGACACGCCCACGGACGCCAAAGCAGCGUGA